ACUUGGAGUCUGUCCUUAUACACAAGUUAAGUGCCAUAUUCCCCUGCUUACAAUGGAUAGACAAGUGGUAUAUGCUGACUUAAACUUAUCCAGGGGCUCUUGCUUUGCAAGUUCAUCACCCCCAUCAUUUCCUCAAGAUGUCUGUCAAGGUUCACCUUGGCAUCAAUUUGCUCUGAAACUUGGUUGUACUGUGAUUAUUCUUCUUACUUUGACUGUGAUUGGACUGAGUGUUUCAGUGAUUUUCUUAAGACGAAACUCAUUCAUAGAAGAAAGCCGAGUGGAUGUUCAAGAGAACAGGAAUGAAACAACAGAGAAAACAGAUCUGUUAAAGUGCCCAGAAGGUUGGCAUAUACUCACAGAAAAAUGCUUGUUUCUUUCUCGUGCUUCCAACACUUGGAAAGAUAGUCUGACUGACUGUUCCACAAAAGAAUCCAGUUUGCUGCUUAUUCGAGAUCAGGAAGAAUUGAAACUCAUACGAAUGUGGAUAAAUGAAAAGGGAAUGCUAUUUUGGAUUGGACUAAAUUUAACAUUAUCGGAGAAGAAAUGGAAGUGGAUAAAUGGUUCAUUUUUAAAUUCAAAUGUAUUACAAAUUACUGGUUAUACUCAAGAAAAGAGCUGUGUUUCCAUCUCACCAACAAGAAUUAUUUCUGAGGACUGUGACACAGAAAAUCAAUGGAUCUGCCAAAAACAAUUAAAACCUGUCAGAAAUAAAGUAUGUUCUGACUCUUGA